ACAUACACACACACACAAAUCUUUAAGGCCACAUCCUCCUUUGACAUCACAUCGUCUCAUGCUUUCUAAAGCAGGAAAAGCAAGUUUGAGCACAUUUCUGACUGACUUUCCUCUCUCCUCUCCCAGAUUUGACAUAUACAGCUGGAGCACACACUUCAUGUUAUAGUUGUGACUUUUUUUUUUAUUCAGAGAUGGACUACAAUCAGCCUUUUUCUGUUUUGAACGAGAGACUACGACCACGUUACAACACCACUAGUCAAAUCUACUCUUCUCUCAACAGACUGGAGGACAGGUCGUCACGGGCAACCUCAAUCUACUAUACACCACCAACAGUAAUACCAACAACCUCAACUCCAGCACCUCCAAAAGACACUGUCCCAGACCAUGAUGAGUUGGACAGUGGGUUAUCUUCAGACCCCCCUCAACUAUUUGAAGAAGACUCCACUUCACUGUCCGAUUUGGGGUUGAACGAACCCAGGGAUGAUGAUGACUCAAGUUCUACAAAAUCAGAGGAGAAAGAUUGCCCAGGGGAGCUACCGACGAACAAAACAGAGGAGAGCCAAGAAUCUUCCGUAGCAACAGAGGAGCCUGUGGAAGGGAGCAUCCUGCACAAGGCGUUUAUUGACGGAACACUGCCAGAUCUCAUCAAGAGUGGGAGACCCCUGGGGAGGAGAAGGACACUUGGACAUGUCAAUGAUACAUUGAAGGAGGUGCGGAGGGAGGUGGAGCUGUCUCGCCGGAGGAGCAUCAGACUUAAGGCCCAAGUUGACAAACUCCAGGAGAGCCACGAGGGCCACGGCUGGAGCCAGGACCGAGAGAGGGUGACAGAGGAGGUGCUGUCCAUCCUGCGUCUCCUGCACCCUCUCACAGAGCCAGAUGCGGGACCGCUGAAGGCCCCUGAGGGAGGGAAACAGCUGGAUGCGGCUCUGCUCCAGCUGCAGUUUGUGUCCCGAAAACUGGCCAUGGACCAUGCCUCACAGGCCAAAAGUAAAUCGGGUAAGAGUACAGCAGAGGAGACUGCGAUUCUUCAACAGGCUUUACGGGACAGAGAUGAAGCCAUUGAGAAGAAACAGGCGAUGGAAGCUGAACUGUUGCGCAGUAAAACGGAGAUGAUGGCUCUGAACAACCAACUGCUGGAGGCAGUGCAGAAACGACUGGAGCUCUCACUGGAGCUGGAAGCCUGGAAGGAGGAUGUGCAGGUGAUGAUUCAGCAGCAGGUCCAGGCUCAGCAGCAGCAAGCCGAACAGUCGUCCAAGAGAAACUUCCGGGGCAUCCUGAGACGAAACAACAAGCCCCCAAUCCAACGCCCCGACAAAUUCCCUGUACCUGCACCCCCUUCAACAACCAACGCCAACCACAUCUACAUCAACAAACCCGCCAGCCCCACCCCGACUGCACCCAACCAAGCCCAGAUCCCUAGGCCAGGUCUCAGUAUGCCCGCAGCCGGGACCCUCCCAAGAAACUGGAGGAUGAAGAAGAAGUCUGGGCGCCCGGAGCAUGAAGGGGGAGAUGAUGGGUUUCAGGUCGUAUCACUGGAUUGAACAAAACAUAUUUUAGUACACUGACGAGUCAUGCACUACUAUUUUGUAAUAUAAAGUCAAUGAAAUGUCAAUGGAAAAGAUGUAGUGGGACAAGUGCAAUCUGUCUGACUGUUGUAUUUAAGUGUGUUAUAUAAUAUACAUGAUUUACACAAAUGUGUCUUUGCAAUACAUGUAAAUAAAUGCUGUUUAUAAGAUACAA